AUGACUGAUAAACCGGAUUCUUAUUCGGGCUUUAAUGAAUAUAAUCCAUUGUUAGAUACUGAUAGUUUAAAAUAUGAUACCGAUUUACAGCAAGCAGUUUUAAAAACAAGCCAUGGCCGACGAGCUCCUCCGACUGGGUUAGCUGGUGCGGGUGCCGGUCAAAAGGGUGGAUUUUUCUCUCGAAUGAAAAAUAUGUUUGGCGGAAAGAAAGGAACUGGUUUACCAGGACCACCAGGUACAUCAUCUGGUCGUUUAGGAACUGCUUCACGUGCUGUCCAGCAACAGAAUAACGUUGUUGGUGCUCCGCCUGGUUCAGCAUCACGUCGUCUACAAACAGGUACCGCAACAGGAGGACCACGUAGACCAACAACUGCAGUACAAGGAGUUGGAUUUAUACCGGGUUCUAUAGGAGGUAGUGGCACAACAUUAUCGGGUCCUACACAGUUUGAACGAAAAGAAGAAACUACUGAAGAUAAAGCUAAAAAAAUGGAAAAAACAGUAUUGGAUCUUGUUGAAGAAAGUUGUUUAGCAUUUGAAAAAAAUGAUUCGAAAUUAGCACUUGAAAAAUCUGAAGAAGCUGUGAGAAAUGAAAAAAGUCUUAAUCGAUAUCGAGAAGAACAAAAUCUCGGAGAGUCCGAUCUCAGUCUCACUGGAUUUGUCAUUCUUCAUUGUGCUAAUAUGUUGGCUAAAUGUGGUAUGAAUUCUGAAGCAAUGAAUCAAUAUAAUUUAAUAUUGAAAAAUAAACUAUUACCUGUACCAAGUCGUUUGCGAAUUAAUAUUGGAAAUAUUUUUCUACGUUCAAAGCAAUAUACAAAAGCAUUAAAAAUGUAUCGUAUGGCGCUUGAUCAAAUACCUGAACAAAAUGCUGAUUUGAAAUUUAAAGUUCGUGAGAAUAUCGCUGCGACUCAUAUUCUUUUGGUUCAAUAUGCUGAAGCUGCACAAGCUUAUGAAUCAAUAAUGCAAGAACGUCCUAAUUAUCGUAGCGGUUUGAACCUUCUUCUCUGUUAUCAUACAUUAGGACAACGAGAUAAAACACGAAAAGCAUUUACUGAUUUACUAAAAAUACCAUUUUUAAGUUCCGAUGACGAUUACCAAGCUUCAAUUGAUAAGGAUGACAAACAAGGUAAUCUUGUUUUGGAAGCGACACGAGAUGAUCGCCUAAGGCAAUUUGAACGAAAACGACGACGCUUUGCUGAACAUGUUAUUGUUACUGCUGCUAAAAUUGUUGGCAAUAAUUCGGAUGGAGAUUUUGUUGGCGGUUACGAAUGGUGUAUCGAACAAGUUCGAAAUUCAACGUAUCUUGAAUUAGCUAGUGGUCUUGAAAUUCAAAAAGCUAUUGCUUAUUUACGUGAAGAUAAUUUUCCAAAGGCUAUUUCUACAUUAAAAGAAUUUGAAAAAGCCGAAGCAAAAUUAGCUAGUGCAGCUGCUACGAAUUUAUCAUUUUUAUAUUUUCUGGAAAAAGACUUGAAUAGUGCACACAAAUAUGCUGAUUUAGCUUUGAAAACUGAUAAAUUUAAUCCAGCUUCUUUAAUCAAUAAAGGCAAUUGUUGUUAUGCACAGCAAGAUUAUGAAAAGGCCCGAUACUAUUAUGAAGAAGCUUUGAAUAUUGAUUCGGGUUCUGUUGAAGCUCUGCAUAAUCUUGUUUUAACAUUAAUGAAAUCAAAACAAUUUCAACGCUGUAAAGAUCUUCUUCAUAAGUAUACAAUAAUUCAACCAUCGAAUGCACAAGUUUUUUGUUUAAUGGCUGAAGUCUUACAACAUACAAAUGAUAGUGAAAAUGCAAAGAGCUGGUAUUUACAAGCUUUAAGUACUUAUCGAACAGAUGGACAUUUACAUCGAAGAAUAGGCGAAGUUGUCGAUAUUCAAGGAGAUAAAGCAGAUGCUAUACAAUAUUAUUUUGAUGCUUUUCGACACAAUCCAUGUGAUAUAAAAACAUUAGAAUGGCUUGCAUCGUAUUACAUUGAAACACAAUAUCCUGAAAAAGCCGUUGAAUUUUGCGCGCAAGCUGCAUUGGUCAAGCCAGGCGAAAUCAAAUGGCAUUUGAUGGUUGCUUCAUGCUAUCGUCGUUAUGGCGAUUAUACAGCUGCGCUAGAAAAAUAUAAAUGGAUUCAUCAACAUUUUCCAGAUGAUGUUGACUGUAUACAAUUUCUUGUUAAAAUUUCAACUGAUCUUGGUUUACCUGAACGUGAAUUGUACGAAAAUGAAUUGAAAAAAGUCAAUAAAAUGAAAGAAAUACAAAUUCAGCGUAAAACAAGCGCUGAUAAAAGCCGUAAUAUUAUUAAAGGUAGAAAAAUUUCUCAAGCUGAAAAUGAUGGUUCGUACUCAAAACACGAUGAUAACCGUCAAUUGAGUGGUCGUAAACGUAACCCAAUCGAUUUAGAUAACACUGAAGGAGUGUUUUCUCAGCAAGAACCUGUUACUGUUCGUCCUUUUGUUGAUAACUUUUCUCAAGAUAUGGGAGAUGAUCGACCAAAAACCGCCAUACGUAGAAAAGAACCGGCUAAAAGUCUAUUCGACGAAAAUGAUGACGCAGCUGAACUUUUACCUGACUGA